GCAUCGAGAUAUUAAAUGCUUCAAAUGACAUGGUAUGUGUCAUUACUCUAGUGAUUGCCCAAACAAGAGAUUGAUGGUUAUUAGAGGAGAUGAUAUUGUCUCUGACUCUGAUCAUGGUGAUGAUUCUAAUCAUAAUAUUAUGCCACUUUUGGAGGAUUGUUCUGAUGGUGAUAUUGAGUAUGUAGUCCAUGGUGAAUCUCUUGUUGUUAGACAUACUUUGAAUUUGCAAGUGAAAGAAGAUAGCCUAGAGCAAUGCCAAAAUCUUUUUCACACUAGAUGCUUGGUGGGUGGAAAGGUAUGUAGUCUGAUUAUUGAUGGCGGGAGUUGGACUAAUGUGGCUAGUACACUUAUGGUGGAGAAAUUUGGUUUGACAUGUGUUCGACAUCCUAAACCAUAUACGUUGCAGUGGUUGAAUGAUAGUGGAGAAAUCAAGGUUGACAAGCAGGUGACAAUUGUAUUCUCUGUUGAAAAAUAUGUUGAUGAGGCAUUGUGUGAUGUGGAGUCAAUGCAAGCUUGUCAUUUAUUAUUGGGGAGACCUUGGCAGUUCGACCGUCAAGCAUUUCAUGAUGGUCACACGAAUCGGUUCUCCUUUAAUUUUAAUGGUCGUAAGAUCACUCUUGCUCCUUUAUCAUCUAAGGAGGUUUACCUUGACCAUUUGAAGCUUCAACAUGAUACUAAGGGGAUCAUGGGAUGUGAGAUUACAAAAAAAUUUGAGAGAAAAGAGGCUAUGAGUGAAAAGAAUAUAGCAAAAGGUCCAAAGGUGAUUGAAAAGAAAGAAAAGAGUACGUCAUGAGAGUAGUGCAAAUACAGAAAAAAUUGAGAAAAUUGAGAGCAAAUUAUGUUUCUUUGCACAAAAAAGAGAUUUAAAGAGUGCUUUAAUUAGCAAGAAAGCUUUGUUUAUGGUUCGAUUUAGGGAUACUUUAUUCUCUGACACUGACCUUAACCCAAAUUUGCCAAAUAGCUUUGUCUCUUUGUUGCAGGAAUUCGCCGAUGUCUUUCCUACUGAUGUGCCACGUGGUUUGCCUCCAUUACGAGGGAUUGAGCACCGAAUUGAUUUUAUUCCUGGUGCUAGCAUUCCUAAUAGACCAGCCUAUAGGAGUAACCCUGAAGAGACAAAGGAACUUCAAAGGCAAGUUGAGGAGUUAUUAGCCAAAGGUCACAUCAGGGAGAGUAUGAGUCCAUGUGAUGUACUAGUUUUGUUGGGUCCAAAGGAUGGUACUUAGCGAAUGUGUGUGGAUUGUCGUGCAGUCAAUAAGAUUACGAUAAAGUAUCAUAUCCCUAGGUUAGAUGACAUACUUGAUGAGUUAUAUGGUGCAUGCAUAUUCACUAAAAUUGAUUUGAAAAGUGGGCGUAAUCAAAUUAGAAUGAAACAAGAGGAUGAAUAGAAAACUACAUUUAAAACAAAACAUGGGUUAUAUGAGUAGUUAAUAAUGCCUUUUGGACUAACUAAUGCACCUAGUACUUUUAUGCGUCUAAUGAACCAUGUUUUGUGAGAAUUUUUGGGUAAAUUUGUUGUUGUUUAUUUCGAUGAUAUUCUCAUUUAUAGCACUUGUUUGAAUGACCACUUGUCACAUGUUUUAGCUGUUUUGGGAGUGCUUCGAAAAGAAAAAUUAUAUGCCAAUCUUAAAAAGUGUACUUUUUGUAUUGAUCGAGUUAUAUUUCUUGAUUUUAUUGUGAUUGUGAGUGAAAUUGAUGUUGAUGAGGAAAAGGUAAAGGCUAUUUGUGAAUGGCCAACUCCUAAGAAUGCUUCAAAGGUAAGAAGUUUUCAUGGGUUAGUUGGAUUUUACAGGAUAUUUGUAAAAAAAAUUUCUACUAUUGCUGCAUCUCUCACAGAGGUUAUCAAAAAGGAUGUUGGAUUUAAAUGAGAAAAGGAACAAGAAAUUGUAUUUCAUACCCUAAAAGACUAUUUGUGUUCUGCUCCUAUUCUUAUUUUACCUAACUUUGAUAAAACAUUUGAGAUUGAAUGUGAUGCUUCUAGGAUUGGUAUAGGUGUUGUUUUGAUGCAGGAAAAACAAGUCAUUGCCUUCUUCAGUGAAAAGUUGAAUUUAGCUCAGCGUAAAUAUUCAACAUAUGACAAAGAAUUAUAUACUUUGGUUCGGGCUUUGGAGGUUUGGCAACACUAUC